AUGGCCUACCCAGAGGCCGCGAGUUCCCGCCAUUCAUCUUCGUUCCUACCGGUUUUUCCAUUAGAGCUUUGGGAUAUCAUAAUCGGAUACCUUGACGAUGGAGGGACCCCUCAACACUUGGGCCGACUGUCCCAGGCAUGUCCUGCCCUCCAAUCUGUCAUUGAACCCCGCCUUUACCAGCAUGUCCGACUUCGCAGUUUGCGAGGCGGUUAUCGUCUUGCCCGCACACUUGAAUCACGGCCGGAAUUGAGACCACUCAUUCGCGAAAUCAGACAUAAGAAGGACUCUGGGUUUGAGAGCAACGAUAAGCUCGUUCGAAAAUUCUAUCGGAUGUUCGCCAAUUUGCCAAACCUCGAGCAAGUCUUCAUGAGAACCACUCUCGACGAGCUCGUUAAUGCUUUUAAUCGGGUCAGAAGACCCGUAGAGGAACUCGGUAUCAUACAGGAAACACUGCGUUGGUCGUUGGGACUUACUGACCUUGUUCUUCUAGGCGACGACGACCCAGACACGAGUAAAGACCCGGAAUUCACCGAAGACGAUUUCCAAAUUUUCGGAAACUAUAUGCUCCAAUCACCGAAGGGACUGCCUGCUUUGCGUGUCUGUCACAUCGGAACAAAGUGCGACAUGACCGAAAUCGAUGCGAAGUUUCGUGCUCCCGUAAUUCGCUCCACCAUAUUUCAGCAUCCAGGUCUGCAGAAGAUCUGUAUUACUGGUUGUCAACUGAUGCCAGAAGGGGGCUAUGUACCCCCACAUAGCACAGCACUGGAAGACUUGACCAUAUUGAAUUGCUGGGUGGGACCCAAUUCCCUCGGGGAAAUUCUGUCAUGGCCGAAAGCACUGAAGCGGUUCACAAUCAGAACCUCACAGCCGCAUUCUCACAACGCAAGAGAGAUGGAAGAGUGGUAUGAUGGUGACUUUAUCGAAAUGGGGGCAGCGGCUCAAUAUGACUCGCUAGAGGUUGUGGACUAUGAUGUGUAUUGGGGCAUUGAUGAGACCGACUUUUAUUCAUUACACAAGCUGAAGCAUCUCACCACAACUCUCAGCUCACUAGCAGGGAGGGAAUGUCAUGAGCUGGACAUCGAAGAUGUUACGACUCUGCCCCCGAGCCUCGAAAGCCUCACGCUACGACUCGACGAGCACAAGGCCUGGGCUAAUUCCGUCAUCUACGAGUUGGUCAAGGGCAAGAAACUCCCCAACUUGAAACGCUUCACAGUCGAAGUGCCCGAGAACAUGAGUGAACUUCCUUCAAUCAACACAAGCAAAACAAACCCACCCUGUCAGCAGAUAUGUCAGCAGGGCGAUUUAUGGCAAGAGGAAUUCAAGGCGCUCGCAGUAGACUUGUCUAUGACCCCUGUUUCUUAUCCAACCAAGAUGCCCGAAUUCAAUCUAUGCUCCUGUGAAAGACUGGAGUUUUACCAUCGCUUGCCUAAGCACCCACAUGCUGAAUACAGGAGCCCUUGGGAAGACGAAGACGACAAUUGGAACAAUUGGGAUGACAUGGAUGAAGACGUUGACCUGGAUGGGCAGGGCUUGGACGAUACCAUAGACCAGUUCGAGAACGAUGGGGAUGACGGAUUCUCUGACUAA